UCUAUCUCUCUCUCUCUCUCUCUCUCUAUCUCUAUCUAAAAACAGAAGGGGACCUCAGUAUAUCUCCUGCCUUGCUCUCAUUGGAGGUUGGGACAUGGCAAGGAAAGGCUUCAUGGAGGGCAGAGUGUUAAAAGUAGAGGGAAUCUGAAGUGGGUAUCUUUUCUUUUCCCCACUUUUUUCCUCAGUGUGGCUGUUUCCCUUUGCACUCCAUCAACCUCUCAAACUCUCUUAAACACCAACUUCUAAGAGGCAAAAAAACAGGGAGCUGUGAAAGACUGGGUUCUGCUCUAAUGAUCUCUGAGGCCAAUGUGCUGUUUAAUUAUUAUUAUCUUCUAUCAAUUUGGAUUUGUCAGCUGUAGUUAGUUUCCAUCUGGGGCUGGGUUGUGCCUAUUAAGGAUUCUCUCUUUGGUUGAUCAGGCAGUUUUGGUGAAAGAGCAGCUUCUGCAGUCUAUCCUGUUUCUUCUAUUUAUAUAGCUUUUCUCAUUCUGCCUUCUUUUUUUUCUUUUUUUUAAAGAGAGAUUAGGUGGUAAAUUUAUUCUGAAAAACUAGUGAUCUCUGGAAUGGGCAAAAGCCUUGUUAUUUAGCUAACUUAUUGCCUGGUGGUGUUGCUGGGAAGUGACCUGUUGAUUCCAUCUGUUUCCUCUUAAUGGAAUACUAAAUAUUCCCCACACCAAACACUCUCAUCUUUUGGUUAAACCCUUUUCACCCCUCAUUUGAUCUCUCUCAAUCUAAGAUAACCCCCACCCCCCCCCCACCUUUACUGAUCUCUGAGUUUGUGGGGUGUUGUUGAGGGUGCUGAGAUUAGGGUUAGGGUUGUGUCAGCAAAGAGGAUGGAUAUGAAUGAGAAGGAGAAGCUGGGGUUGGAGAAAAAUGAGGAUCAUAUGAGCUACCAUGCUUCUGACAUCUCAACAGCUUGGCAGCAAUUCAACAGUUCAUCAGGAGCAAUUGGUCAAGAGAUUCAGAUGGGCUCUGCUACAUGCCCAUCAAAUCCCAUGGUGGAUUCCUUCAAUCCAAGCCUCUGGAACCACCACCCAUCCUCGCAAAAUUUGGUGGGCUUGUCCGAAAACAAUGCUCAUGUAGGAAACCCCCCCAUGGGCUUGAACCCUUCGAGUUUUUUCCCGAAAGGAGGGACUUUCUUGCCGUCGCUUCCGAAGAUCCCUCCUCCCCCAAUCCUUCCUCAUUUCUCGGCCGACACCGGUUUCAUCGAGCGCGCCGCGAGGUUCUCGUGCUUCGGCAGUGGCAAUCUGAGCGGCAUGGUGAAUCCUUUCGGUGCUUCUGAAAUUUUGAGCCCUUACGCCAAUCCGUCGAAAUUUUCGGGUCAAAAGAGCGAAAUGAGUGUCGACGAAGCUUCCGAGAAUGCCCCCUUGCCUGUGAAUGAUCAUUUAUCAAGCAUUAGGAGCCCGAGGGAACGGAGAGAUGAUGCGAACAGCUUGCGCGAAUCGGCCGAGCCUGAAUUUAGUGGAGGUGGUGAAGAGGAGGCACCUAAUUUGGCCACUGCAGCUCGAGAUAAUAGCUCUUCGAAAGGGCCUAAUGCUAAGAAGAGGAAAAGGUCCAAUCAGGGCGGUGCGGAAACGGAACAAGUUGAAGGAGCCCCACAAGUGCCAAUUGAAACCACAAAGGAGAAUAUGGACAAUAAACAAAAGAAUGAACAGAAUAGCUCAACUGUGGGGACUAGCAAGGCUUCUGGGAAACAAGCCAAGGAUAAUUCUGAUUUGCCCAAAGAAGAUUACAUUCAUGUAAGAGCUCGCCGCGGCCAAGCAACUAAUAGCCACAGCCUUGCAGAAAGGUUGAGGAGGGAAAAAAUUAGUGAAAGGAUGAAGUUUCUGCAAGACCUUGUUCCUGGUUGCAGUAAAGUUACCGGAAAGGCAGUUAUGCUGGACGAAAUAAUCAACUAUGUUCAAUCUCUACAACGACAGGUCGAGUUUUUGUCCAUGAAGCUUGCUGCUGUUAAUCCAAGACUAGACUUCAACAUAGAAGGACUACUUUCUAAGGAACUUUUCUCCCGCGGUGGUCCUUCAUCGGCAAUUGGCUUCUCACCAGAUAUGAUCCAUCCUCAUCUACAUCCAUCUCAACAUGGCAUGGUUCAAGCUGGGAUGCCAAGCAUUGCAAACCCUUCAGAUGUGCUUAGAAGAGUUAUGAAUGCUCAACCAACUUCCAUCAAUGGAUAUAAAGAACCUACAUCUCAGAUGCCUAAUACAUGGGAUGAAGAGCUCCAAAACGUCAUGCAAAUGAGUUAUCCACCUCUCAACGCUCAAGAGUUAAACAGUAAACCUCGAGAUGGAUUUCCCUUAUGAAGUUGCAUCCAUGUUCAUGUUCCUGAAGAUCAUACAUUUAUAUAUAUGGCAGUAAAGCGCACCCACCUGUUCAUAUGGAACUCAAGCUGUGACCGCUACAUGGAUGCAUGGUAAGCUUAUCGCAGUAUGCAUGUGUUUUUCUUCAAAGAAGUCAGUGAAGCUUAUACAUAGUCAAAGAUGCAGGGUUCAUAAUGGAAGAGUCACUGUUUUCUCUAUCCGCAUUUAUAUCGAAAGGUUGGUUGUUGUUGCUUUCUUGUAUAGCAACUUAAGGACUGCUUCCUCCUAAGACCAAGUUGCAUUCUUUAAUUGCUUUAUUUCUUUGAUUAGGCACUUUAAUGCACCAAAAAAAAAAAGGGUGAGAAUUAAGGGAGAAUGAAUUCUCUCUUUCUUCCCCUCUCUUGAAUUACAGUUGUAGAGUCACUUGCAUGCCUUUUUUUUAUUCAGUACUAUAAAGGGAUUUCUCAUAAAAUGGAUGUAUAACCUGGACUGCUUUGGUUUUUAGUAUGAAAAUGUUCUUCGGGAUAAAAUCUUUUUGUAUGUCUGUUGAUAUUAAAAGCAGAUAUCAUAUAUCAUUUUUUGUAUUCUUUUAAUGAAAAAGGGCCUCCACCCUUAUAUUUGAUGUAGUA